CCGCGAGAUGCCAGUAUAACAACUUCAGGCCCAGAUGGGCUACGGAACGUACGAAGAAUAAGGUGAAAAGGAACGGAGACGUGCGUUGAAGCGAUCUCGAGUGGUUCACACACACACACACACACACACACACUGGCAGCCAGUGAUCGCGGGAAGCAGCGGUAAGCAGCAAGAUCGAGACGGAGCGACUCCGGGGAAAAAGAGAUGGGAAAAUUGUGGCAAGAGUUUUCAAUAAAAUAUAAUCAUCCACCGAGCAACGGUUUUCGCCAUUCCGUCCAGUGUGGUGCAGCUGUCGAGGCACGGUUUUCCGAACAGCUCUCCCGGUAGUUCCCGGUGGUAGUGCUCCCGGUUCGCUGCCAACAAGUGCGCGUAGUGUGGUUUAGAACAACCGCUUUAGGAUCUAACAGAAGCGAUUCGUUUGGUGGUGCCGAUUCAUUGUCUUUUUUUUGUGGUGUUGGGUUUAGUGGUUUGAGAAGAAGGUAACAAUAAUGGGACGGAAGGUUUCUGGCACCACCAGUGUGUCACUACUGUUCGUGGUGUUAGCCUGCUGCCCGCUACCGGUCACGCGGGGCGAGAUGCGCAAAUCGUGGCAGGCGAAAAGUGUCGACGUGCAGGCGCAGCUGCUGAAAGCGGCCCGACUUGAAGAUCCCCCAAAUGCGAAGCCUCCGGAACCGAGCGAACUGGAAACGCGGUCAGCAGUGCAGGAAGCGGCGACCGGCCAGACCGGUCCGGUGCUUAGCCCCGCCGACAGUGUACAAGUGGCGGAAGAGCUUAAGGUUAAGCCUGCGCCAGUGUUCAGCAGUCGUGUGCGGACCAGGUACGGUACCGUUGUUGGAUCGCCUGCCGUUCCGGAUCGGGCGGUCGAGGCUGUUGAGGUGGUAGCGACACCAGCACCACAGGCAGCUGAUGAAGUGCGUGCCGUUCCACUGGUUUUGGAGCACAGCCCGGACGACAUACAGAUCGACGACGCGACCGUGCAGGAUGAUGAAGACGACGACGACGACGACGAGGAGGAUGAAGAUGAUCCGCUCGGGUGGAAUGCAGACAAGGCGAAGCAGUACGAUCUGAUCGAAAACAUCCUGGAGGAGGUGGAGGGCCGUGUAGCUGGGGAAGGGCGCGACGAAGCGACGGAUGAGCUUGCGGGCUCCGGUGCGAAAAAGCCAACCGAGCGCGUCAAGCAGUACACGUUCCCGCCGGUACUGAACAUGACCAUCGACGAGCCGAACAACAUUGUCAAGGUGAAGCUAAACCAGGACAUUGUGCGAGACAUGCUAAACACGGGACGUGAGGCGGGCGGCGGUAUCGGGGGCAAGAAGAUGCUUCGCUACGUGCUGCCACUGUUCAUACUGCCCUUCCUGAUCCAGUCCGCCGUGAUACCGUUCAUGCUGACGGCGGUCAAGCUGUUCCUGCUCAAGUCGCUGAUGGCGGGCAAGCUGGCCAUCUUCCUGCUGCUGCUCGGGGCGUUCAAAAACUUUACCAAAAAGGACCGGGACGUGUACGUGAAGGAUCUGCCCGACCGGCGGUACGAACCGUCGAGCGAAGGGUUCGCCUAUCUGGCCGAGGGGCGGCCGAGCGGCUGGGUGAAUUAGCCGCCACGCGAACCUAUUUAUGCGACAGACAAACAGAUCGAUGACUGUGUGUGUGUAUGUAGACAAAGAGCGUAUUAUGGUAGGAAAUAUGGUAGAUUUAAUGCAAAGCAUGGCUCUAAGCCGGUACAAAACACAAUAAACAUAAACAAACAACGUUGA